AUGGCAAUCCCACCCACAUUCCCCGCCGUCACUCUGACCGACAAAACCUCCAGAGAACACGACAUCACCAUCCGCAGCCUGCCGCCCCUAGGCGCAGACGAAGUCGGCAUCCGUAUCACCGCAACAGCCAUCAACCCCGUCGACUGGAAGCUCCGCGACUACGGCGUCUACCUAGAUUCCUACCCGGCGGUGCUGGGCUCCGACGCAGCCGGCACGAUCGCCGCCGUCGGCAGCAACGUGAGCAACUUCGCUGUCGGAGACCGGGUAUUCUUCCAGGGGAUUGUUGGGAACUACGAUUCCAGUACGUUCCAGACCUACUGCAAGAUGCCGGCGGCGUUGGUUGCCAAGACGCCGUCGUUGGUGAGUGAUGAGCAGGCUGCCGGGAUUAGUCUUGCGACUGUGGCUGCGCUGACAGGGAUCUAUGACCGGAGUGGACGGGGAGUUGCGCCGCCGCCGUGGGAGACUGGGGGAGCGCAAGCGGGUAAGGGGAAGGCGGUGGUUGUGCUUGGGGGACUGGCGCGGUUGUCCGGGUAUGACCAGAUCGUGACGAGCGCGAGUCAGUCGCAUCAUGAGUAUUUGAAGGGGCUGGGCGCGACGGUGGUGUUGGAUCGGAUGCAGGCGACGGUGUCGCAGUAUGUGGCUGGACUGGAGAGUCUGCCGAUUGACUUUGUGUUUGAUACUAUCUCGUUGAAGGAUACGCAGGUGUUGGGGAUUGAGAUUCUGCAGGCUGCGAAGGUGCAGGCCGGCAGUCCGCUUGUCACGGUGAUGCAGCCCGAAGCGGAUGCACAGGCGCUGGGGGCGUCGAAGGAGCCCAAGGUGGAGGUUCACGCGGUGAUGGGAUUGGGGAGUGCGCCGACUCUGCGGUAUCUGAGUGAGCCGCUGUUUGCGCAUCUCGGAGGGGAGGAUGGCUGGGUGGCGACGGGGGAGUAUGUUCCUAAUCGUGUGGUGGUGGUGGAGGGUGGUCUGGAGAAGAUCGACGAGGCGUUGAACAAGAACCGGGCUGGGGCUUCGGGGGAGAAGGUUGUUCUGCGUCUUCGAAUAUGA